AGCAAAGCAACACGUGUAACAAAUUAAGCUGGUUGAAAGCAUUACUAUGGCGUCUCAUCACUACUACUUCACGUUCUCAGCUCUCUUCAUACUACUUCUGUUGGGUGGAGGUGGAAAGAUGAGCAAUGGAAGGAAAGACAGGGCAGGGGAGUAUUGGAGAAGUGUGAUGAAAGAUGAGCCCUUGCCGGAAGCAAUCAAGUCGGCAGCGUCACUUUCCGAGCACAAGGGAGCUCAUUGCGAUACUGCGAGCGAGAAUGUGCUGCCGGCGGCGGCGGCAGAGAAAUCCGCCGGCGGCAUCGUUGUGAAGUUCACCGACGAGAUCGAGGCACAACCUCAAAUCUCAAACUAUGAGAACGAUGUCAAGCCGGCAGAAGGGAAAUUCGUCUUGGAAAUCAACGCGCAGCCGCAGAUAUCGAAUUACGGUAAUGAUCUCAAGCAAACCGCGGGCAAGUUCAUCAAAGAUAUUGAGGCACAGCCUCAGAUUUCCAACUAUGGGGAUGACAUGAGACUAAAGAAGUUUGUUAGAGAUAUGGAACCACAGCCUCAAAUCUCAAACUAUGGAGACGAUACCAAACUGACUGGCAAGUUUGUGAGAGACGUCGAGCCACAACCUCAGAUUUCGAACUAUGGUGACGAGGCGAAGUUGAAGAAGUUUGUUAGAGAUGACAUUGAUUCGCAGCCUCAAAUAUCAAGCUACGGAAGCAAUAUUUCCAGUCCAUCCAAGUUCGUCAAAGAUAUCGAGGCACAACCACAUAUCUCAAACUACGACGCUGAUGUGGUGCGAUCAUCAUCGCCACAAUUUGCAAAAGAUUUCGACGCACAACCUCAAAUCUCAAACUACGAAGAUGGUAUCAAGCCAAACAAGCUUGCGAAACGUAUCGAGGUUCACCCUGAAGUCCAUAUCAACGAUAGUGAAUUGGAAGCCGCUAGCAGAAGUAACUAUGUGAUGGAAGUUAGCAUGAAGAUCAAUUGAGCCACCACUUGAAUCACCGAGGAUCAUAGGCCCGUCUCAAUAAUAGUAACCUGGCCUGUUUGUAAGAUUUUUAUCGAUCUAUCCAAGGCACUAGCUAGAAUAAUGUUGAUGGAUUAUGUUUCUGUUUGUUUGUUUGUCGUUUUUGUUGUUGAUUUCGAGUGUUUUCGAUCAAGUUGGUUUUGUAAUAUGACAGUAACAAAUUUUGAUUUGGUCAGAAAAUGAAAGCAAGUACUCACCAGGCUGAUCAUAUAGUGCAAACAAUUCUAUAGUAUCAAGCCAAACCCUGUUGACCAUUUGCUUUACUCGGCAUCCUGGUAACCCUUGAAGGCCAACAAUGCAGCUCCAUAAGCAGCUUCAGUGUGCAUCGCCCGGCCGACAGUGAGAAGAAAAGAAGAACAGCGAAGUUUUAGAUAGGGUUUUUGGUGAAGGUUCUCAACUUGAGAUCUUCGUUUUCUGCAUUUCUCAAUAUAUACCCAACAGCCUGUACAGAGGAAAUGGAAACUAAUGGCUAAUCUACAGUGUUUAACUAACUAAUCAAAAACGACUGAUAACAUGGAAACACGUGUCUACAAGACACAAUUAAAUUGCAAUCAACGAACUAAGCAGGACGACGUCGUUCAAGCCAUCUCCGUCUUCUUUUGAUGAAACGUCUUCGUUUUGCUCAAAAGCAGCUUUCCGGAUUAGAGUAAAACGAUGUCGUUUCUUCUGGGCAAGUGUUCUUCAGUUGCAAGUGUCUCCAACUUGCAGCAGCAGCCUUCUCGUCAUCUCUUCUUGAUUCAAUCCUCAGCUGCUGCUGCUAGUCAAUGAUCAUUCAUCUAUUACCCCCCUUCAAGCUGGCGAGUGUCUUCCAGAGACUCCCAGCUUGCACAUCAGCAUAUUGAAACGAUCUAUACCAAGGCUUUUGGUAAAGAUGUCUGCUAGCUGAUAAGUAGUUGAAACAUGUCUUAAAUCAAUCAAGCCAUUCAUCAGUCUUUCCCUAAUAACAUGACAAUCAACCUCAAUAUGUUUCGUUCUUUCAUGAAAGACUGGAUUCCUGGCAAUGUGUAUUGCUGACUGAUUGUCACAAUAAACCAAGGCUGGUUGAGAGUGAACAAUCCCAAAAUCAGAAAGUAACCUUACCAACCAUUGAACCUCACAACUAAGUUGUGCCAAAGCUCUAUAUUCUGCUUCUGAUGAAGAUCUGGAAACUGUACUCUGCUUCUUUGUCUUCCAACUAAUCAAAUUUGUCCCCAGAAACACACAAAACCCUGUCAAUGAUCUUCUUGAGUCAGGACAUGUGGCCCAAUCAGAAUCACUGUACCCUGUUAAUUGCACAGCAGAAUCCUUGGAAUAAAACAGACCUUGACCA